AUGAACGUAAAACUGGAACGCAUUUUUAAUCCUUUGGUGUGCACGACGCGGAAGUUUGGGGAAGGAGCAAUGGGGGAGGGCGGGUCCCCUCAAACAACAAGACGGAAAAAGUCGGAUAAAGAGAAAAUCGAUGAAUCAUUCUCGGAGAACAAGGACUCGCCGAAGAAGUCGAGGAAUACCCUGCAGGAGGACAAGGCAUUGAAAAUGCGCGCGUGCUUGUCCUGCCGCCUGCUGCGCACGGAAGCGGAGUUCUACCAGAACGGCUGUAGCAACUGCAAAUUCCUCCAGAUGGCCGGAGACCGGCAUCGUAUCCACGACUGCACGACGGACAACUUCAAUGGAUUCAUGGCGAUAACCACCCCGACGAAGUCUUGGAUGGCCCAAUACAACGACCUGAGCAAAUACGCUCCAGGCUUUUACGCCUUGCAGGUGGUGGGAGAGCUGCCCGAAUCGAUAAGAGAUUUGAAGUCGAACUAUUAG